AUGACAUGGGGAUGGAGGAAGCUUCUUGCCAUUCGAAGUCUGGUUCGGCCGUUCGUGUGGAAGUCUAUUGGUAGCGGGUCUGAAACAAAUGCGUGGAGUGAUAUUUGGUGUGAGGCCGGUCCUCUUCGUAACUUUAUUACCCCAAGAACUAUCGCUAAUGCAGGUUUUAAUUUACAAUCUUCGUUAGCGGAUAUAGUGUCUCCGGAUGGUGAUUGGAGGUGGCCGAUUGCCUGGGACUCGAGAGAUCAUUUGUUUUUUGAAUGCUCUUUUGCGGCUCAGGUUUGGAAUAAUGUUAAAAUUAUGACCAACAUGGAGCAUGUGAAUGGUGAGUGGUCCGAUAUUAUGGCCUGGAUGGAUCAUAAUGUGAGUCUAAAGAAGCCCGAUAACGUCAUCAGUCGUUUGGUGGUUGCGGCUGCCUCUUACUUUGUGUGGCAAGAACGAAACAACAGGUUGUUUACUCGUAGUCAACGUACGGCUUUGGUGGUUGCUCAGGAAGCUAUUAUGAAUGUCCGUAUGAGAAUCUUAAACUUCAAGUUUAAGCGGAGAUUUGAAAAUGGAAGCUUGAUGGAGAAGUGGAAGAUUCCCAGAAGCAAUAUGGAGAUAGAACCGGACUAG